AUGUAUGUUUUAUCACAGGAAUGUGCGUUCACGCGCUGCCUUCCUGAAAUUAAUUCCAUCCUUUCUGUACGACAUCAGAAUGAGCAGCUCCAGCAGGAUGUCGACUUCUAUCGUGGUGAGCUGGACCAGAGAGAGGCUCUCCCGUCCGUAGACGAAAAUGCAGAGUCUCAGAGGAAGCUCAACUUGGCUAAUCGCCAGCUGUACCAGUGCUUGGAAGAUCUUCAGCAAGCUGAGGAUGAAAACAAACACCUGAAGACGCAGAAUGAGCAGAUGCUGAAGAGUCUGGAAAAGUCUGUGACGGAGAUGGAGAAGCUGACAGACGAGUACAACAAGAUGAAGAUCGUUGUGCAUCAGACUGACUCAAUCGUGGACCAGCUCAGGAAGGAGAGAGAUCAUGCGAAGCUUCAAGUUAGAGAGCUAACAGACAAGCUUCAUGGCAUGACUGGAGACAAUGAUCCGAUCAUGGCAACUGUCACUGCCAAAGUGGAGGAGUGGAAGGUGGUGCUCUCAGCGAAGGAUAAUGAAAUUUUGGUGUAUCAACAGAUGAUCGGUGACCUAAAGGAAAAGCUGUGCUCAGCUCAGCUGGACUUGGACAAAAGCAACAUUAUUACCUUGCAACAGGCCGUCCAAGAGCGAGAUAAUCAGAUCAAGAUGCUGAGUGAGCAGGUGGAGCAGUAUACAGGAGAAAUGCAGAAGCAUGUCCAGCUCAUUGAGGUGCUAAAGAUGUCCACGAACAAAGACAAAGGUCCAUUUUCAACCCCACAGCAGAAGAAGUUGGAGGAGCUCAGGUCUAAGCUAAAAGCUGCAGAGACCAGAGCCGUGGAAGCAGAGCAGGCCUUAAGACGUGCAGAAGCUCACGCUGAAAAAAAAGACAAAGCCCUCAUUGAGGCUUCAAACCGCUUGAGCCAGUAUGAGUCUGGCACUUAUGGCCUGGAAUCAGCCGUUGCCGAGAUUAAAGAGUGUAACAAUCAAAUUAGAAUGAGAGACCAUGAAGCAGAAGCUAUGACCAAAGAAAUCAACCAGCUCGGGCUGAGGAUCAACGACCUCAUGGACGAAAAUGAGAAGUUCCGGGAACAACUGGGUCUUCAGCCAAAGCAGGAAGUGGAUCUGACAGAAUUCAGGCGUGCCAAAGACCUCAGACAACGCCAGUACAAAGCAGAAAACCAAGUUCUUGCCAAAGAGAUUGAGCAACUAGAAGAGGAGCGACUGGAGCUAAAGAAACAAAUCAGGUGUAUGGUGAAGGAAAGAGGGAUCCUACAAUCAGGCCUGCAGCUGGAGGAUGAUGUCAGGUUGAGCAGAAAAACACAAGAUGAAGAGAUCAAACACGAGAAUGAGUACCUUGAAAAACAACUAAGCAGUAAAGAGAGAGAGCUGGAACUGUACAAAACUGAGUUUCACAGUAAAUUGGAAGAACUUUCCAAAGUAAAAAGAGAUCUGGAGGCUGCGCUGGGAGAUGUUCUUCAUGCUAUGAGGAUUAACCAAGAGUCACUUGAUGAUGCUUUUCCCAGUGGAAAAAAGUUGCUUUAUGCUGCAGAUGUGAGUAGUUUAGGUAGAAGAUCUGAGUCAGACCUGAGGACCCAAAUACAUCAGCUGCUGGGGAGAAAUGAAGAACUGAGGCAGGAGCUGAAAUCAGCUCGAGAGGAAGCAACCAACAAUUUCAGUCAGCUUAUCAGAGCUAAAGACAAGGUGAGCCAACUUGAAGAAGAAUUGGAGCUGCUCAAGAAGUCAGGCAGCAGCAGAGCCCUCCACCGACCUCUGACCCUCCCUGAGGGCCUGGGGCCCAGCAGCACAGAGGUCAUCAGCUCCUUGAAUGAGUAUGCUGUUCGGCUGCUUCAGGAGCUGAAAAGCAAAGAGGAGAAAACCAGAAGACUCACAGGAACUCUGGAAGAAUACAAAGAGAAGUUUGCAGCCAUCAGUCAUCAACAGGCACUCCUCUAUAAGGAACACCUUAGUGAGAAAGCAAAGUGGCAAAGAGACAAAGAGACAUUCACAGAGGUGAAGAUAAAGUUGGAGGAGCAAAAGCAGGUGGAUGAUGUGAAAGUUCAACAGUUUAAUGACCUGCUGAACACUCUUCAGAAGACCCCAGAGGAAAUCAAACGACAGUUGAGCGAAGUAUUUCGCAAACAGACCAUCUUGAAAGUUAACGAGAAGAAACUCACACGGCGCUACACCACCCUGUUGGAGCAAGAGCAGCACCUCCGCAAGGAAAACAACAGGCUGUGGGAUGAGAGCAGCCACAUGCAAGCAUCUGUCAUCCAGAGGAUGGGUUACCUGCAAAGAUACAAGGAAAUGGCUGCUUUUAAACUGGCAGCUUUGCAAAAGGCCUUGGAUGCUAGCGUGCCUGCAUCAGAGCUAGAGAAGGCUAAUAAGCAGUACACAGACCUAACGGUCAAAUACAGAGACCUGCUUGAAAGGGACAGCUGCUUUAUACAGAGAACCACCAACCUUGAACAUUUAGAGAGUGAAAACAAAUCUCUUCAAGAGCAAAUUUCUUCCAUGAAUAAGGAGCUGGAGCUCACCAAGGAGAAACUGAAUACCUUAGAGCAAGCAUGGGAGGACGUCCAUUCCACUGAAAUGGGCAUGGCCAAGGUAGACAAGGCAUCAUUCAACAACGAUAUGGUAUCUGCCGCGAGACAAAUCACCACUUUAGAGAUGAAGGAGCUGAAUGAGAGACACAGAGCUGAGCACGCCCAGAAAAUGUACGAGCACACAAGGAUCUCCUUCAGACAGGUGGAGGAACGGAACGCGGAGCUGGAGUCAAAAUUUGCCGAAUUGACCAAGAUGAAUGAGGAGGCCCAAAGGACUGAGCGGGAGCUAAGAGAUAAGCUGGCAGACAGCAUUAGCAAAGCUGUAAGCGAUGCCGAUAGAGCCAAGAUUGUAGAGCUGGAAAAAGCAGAAGCAAACCUCCGCAUCGAGGUUUUGAAGCUUCAGGAAGUGUCAAAUGUAGCCAUGAUGCAGGUGUCCACCCUGCAGACCAGACAGAGGUCUAACAAUAUUGAAGUAGAGGCUUUAAGAAGACAGAUUCUGGACUACCAGUCACAGUCAGAUGAGAAGACCCUCAUUGCGAAGCUCCACCAGCACAUCAUGGCCCUACAGCUCAGUGAGUCACUGGCUCUGGGAAAGCUGGAGGUUGCCACCACUCUCAUCCAGCAGCUGGAGGCCUUUAAGCUGCGAGCUGAGCAGAAGUUGGACGCCAGCGAGCGCGAGCUGUUUUUCGCCCGCCAGGAGGGUCGAAAUCGCUCCACGCACCUUAGCCAGACCAUCCAGUCACUCUGUAGGCAAUUUGCUGGAGCGCUGCCGCUCCGCCAGCAGGAGAAGUUCUCUGUGACCAUGCUGAAACUCGAGGAAGACAAGGCAAAGGUUCAGGAGGAGAGGAGGAAGGCUGAGGAGGAGAGGCAGAGGGCAGAAGGAAGGGCUGAGGAGCUGAAGCUGAGGCUACAGGGGCUGGAAGAGCUCAUCGCAACACUAAAAAAUAAUAGAGGGGCUCAAAAGAUAACGGAGUGGCACAAGAGGCUGGAGGAGGCUCACCUUCAGGAGCUGAGGAAAGGCAGGGAGCUGAUGGUCCAAAAAGAGGAGAUCACGUACCUUAAGAGACUUCUGGAAGAGCAGGACCGGACCAUCCACUCACUGGAAGAGGAUAUCUCACAGCGGAACACUCUUCGAGAAGAAUGUCAGCUUGCAUGGGACCAACAAAAAGUAGAGCUGGAGAGUCAGCUGGACCACCACGAGAAGCAGCAAAAUGAGGCUGUUAGCAAAGCAGAAAAGUUUGUUGAAUGUGCAGGAUCACUCCCAGACCCAUCACUUCCUCUUGCUCAUCAGUUAGAGUUUGCUUUUGGUAAAACUAGGGAGCACGUUUGCACCAUCGUGGACCUUCAAGCCACGUGCAACAGUUUGGAGAAGAAGUUGAAAGAGAAGGAAGAAGCGUUGUGGAAAGCACAGCAGAACAUCACAUCCAGGGAUAAGGUGAUCAAUGAGCUGCGGCUCCGGCUCCCAGCUGCUGCUAACAGGGAACGCUUGCUUGCAGACCUUUCUGAGCACAAAGACGACCGGUCGGACGGUCAGUCUGCCCUCAAGCUGGCCCAUCAAACCAUCAAAGACCUCCAAGCUCGAAUCGACAAAAAAGAAGAUGUUAUAAAGAAAUAUCAAAACCAGAUGGCCCAGACUAGACAGGAUCAAGAGGAAACGAUAAAGAGACAUCAGGAAGAAUUGAGAAUGCUGCAUGAGAAGUUGGACAUUUACACAGACACCUCACUGGAUCGCUUCAGACAGACAGCAAUGCAACUGAUGAAGAAGUCCACCAUCAGAGUGCCAACGCCCAAGCACCUGGUGCGUCUGGCUGAGCUGGAGCAGACCGUGGCCGAGCAGGACGAUUCCCUUAGCUCCAUGACGGAGAAGCUGAAGCUGACCACCUCUGAGCUGCAGCGGCAGCAACGCGUCGUGGAAACACAGGCUAAGAAACACACGGACCAGAUAAAACAGCUGGAGGAACAUUCUGCUGCCCAGGUUAAAGCUCUGAGCGGUGAGAUCGAGGAGCAGAGGAGCCACAUAGCUCAGAUGGAGAAAGAGAUGAACCACCUUCUCACAGAGCUGGAUGCCCAGAAGGAGGCCAACGUCCGCUCCCCGAGCAACACCAUGAAGAACCUGAUGGAGCGACUAAAAGCAGAACUCACCCAAAAAGAGAAAAAGCUAAAGGCUCUCAGCAAGGCUCUGUUGGCUCUACGGGCGGAGAUGACAGCUGCAGCAGAGCAGCAGGUCAUAGCGCAUGCUGCCCAAAAGGAAGAGAGCCUCAAUGUACAAAUGCUUGUUGACAGACACACCAAACACCUGAAGGCACAGGUGCAAGAACUUAACAAAGAACUUCAAGCUGCAAAAGAGUCUGCCAAAACAUCUAGAACUCAGGAGAACAAUCUAAAAGAAGAAGUCAACAGACUAAACCAAGACAUCCAGAGAUGUCUGAAAACUCAGAAACAACUUCAGCUUGAAAAAGAGGAGCGAGAGCAAGAGAUCCUGGAGCUUCAGCAGCAGGUGAAGAGGCUCAGCAGUGCCAUACAGAAUCAAGCGGAAUCUACCAGGAAAGGGACUACUAUUGAGAACCUGCAGAAAAAAAUCAGGAAGUUGGAGUCUGACUUGGAGAAAAGUGCUGAAGUAAAAAAUGUCAAAGAAGAUCACAGAAAGAAUAAGGAAGAAAUUGUGCGAUGGGAAGAAAACAAAAAAUGGCAAGCCAAGAUGGAGAAAGUGAAGAAUUUACUGAAGGAAAAAGAACAAGAUAAUGAAUCCUUGUCAAAGCAGCUCGGCACUCUUAAAGACCUUUAUGCCAGACAGGAACAAGAAAAGGCUGCGGUUCUGAAAAAACUGAAGCCCCGGGGUGUGACUGCUGUCCAAGUAGUGGGGGUGCGAUCCACUGAAAUGGAGAGGGAGGUAGUGGAGCUGAAAAAUAAAAAUUCUGAGCUGGAGACCCAAAUCAUAACUUUAAGACAGCAGCAAGCUUUACCUCGUGAUGACGCCAUGGAGAAUCUGAUGUCGCGGAACCACUUCCUGGAGGAGAGACUCCGCUCCUUGGAGAAACAGAUAUCCUUAGAUAUAUGUAAUUCAAGACCCUCCAGGGAGCCAAAGCACAGCCAGGCAGAUGGAGAAACGUGGACCGUCUCUGUUGGAGCAGAGGACGCUUGCACCGAUGAUGGAAACACCGCAGCUGAUAAAACAGACUCAUUCACAGCAGCAGAGGAUAUCUCUGACCAAGUUAAACAAGAAGAGAUCCAAACAGGAGCAAAACAUUUAGAAAGUACAGAAGAGAUGACAGCUAGGCCUGAAGUUAUUGUGUUUGAAGACCAGCAAGAACCACAAACUACAAAAGGUCGUGAGCUCGAAGCGGACGAUCCAUCAGAGGAGACGAGGUCCGCACCGGAGACGGCGACGGGCAACGACGCGAGUCAGUCAGUGAAUAAAUGUGUCUGUGACUUGGAUACAGAUGAUCAAGAUGCUGGAGGCUCGUCAAACGUGUCACAAAAGGCUGAGGAACGGGUGGAGUUGAAAGAAGAGGAGGAGAAUCAGGAGCGUUCCUGCUCAGCGGAGCCAGAAAUUGAUUCCAGGAUACUGAGCAAUCGGUCCGAGAGUUGUAUCACUUCAAUAAAGGACAGAAGAGCAGACAAAUGGAGAAACAGAUCUCUUAAAUAUGUGAAGACCUCAGGUCAAGGCUCAAGCACUUGGUCACAAAGAGAUCAGGAUCUUUCGAAAGACAACGUCAGGUUGGCCUCGGAGAACCUGGAGCUGCGCUUUCAGCUGGAGCAGGCAAACAAAGACUUACCAAGACUCGAGAAUCAAGUUGCAGAUCUUAAAGAAAUGUGCGCUGCACUGAAAAAGGAAAAGGCAGAAGUAGAGAAAACGCUGGCACACGUUGGUCACAGUGGUAAAACAGCACCUGAGCUUGAGAAAACCAUUGGGGUGAUGAAGAAGGUGGUGGAGAGGGUGCAACGAGAAAAUGAGACUCUGAAGAAAUCCAAAGUGGCUGCAAAUCAAGACAAAGUCACUGCUUUGGAAAAAGACAAUGAAAAACUAAAGGCUGACUUGGAGUUAAUGAAACGUCAAAGCGAAGCAGAGCUGACUUUGAAACUUGCGAGUAAAACUAAAGGGCUGGAGAAGAUAGUGAUCGAAAAUGAACGGCUGCGCAAGGAGAUUAAAAGGGAAAAAGAGGCAGCUGAGCAGCUGAGAGUGAUAAAGACAAAUCUGGAAGUGACAAAUGAGAAGCUUGAGGCAGAGCUGGAGCAUAACAAGCAAAAACUGCAAGCAGCUCUGUCCAAACCAAUCGCAGAAGGGACAAACAGCAAAACCUGGAAGGCAACUGUUUUAACCAGAAUGUUUGAGAACAAGAUAAAAGAGUUGGAGAAUGAGCUCUCCCAUAAGACCUCCAGCCUCUCUGAACUCAAACUACAGCUAAAAGAUGUGAUCGAGCGCGAGGCAAGAGCUCAGACCCGAGUCCAACAACUCCAAGAUCAGAGUCCAGUAAACUGAAAAAUCUCCUGCGGGGCGCCGAAACCGAGAAACACAAACUUCAAACGGAGGUCAGGAGGCUGAAGAAGGAACUGGAAAACUUCGACCCGGCUUUUCUGGAAGAGCUCGAGGACUUGAAGUACAACUACAAUUUAGAGGUGAAGAAGAACAUCCUGCUGGAGGAGCAGCUGAAGAAGGUGUGCGCUCAGUUUGGUGUGACGGCUGAAAUGCCCAGCGUGUCCAUCAGUUAACUCGCUGCACCCCGAGUACACGACAAGUGUCCAAAAUAC